CCAAACACACAAACAAAAGCAAACCGAAAUGAGUUCGAAAACAAAAUUACAGUCCUCAGUCAACUCUACACAUCUCCAGUGUAAUUAAUUUAGUAUUAUUUUUUUUGCCGUACAGAUAUGUUAUGAAGCGUGUGUGUCUGUAUGCGAUCUUUACGUACAUAUCUUCUUAUUGUUAAAACCCCUCCUUAAAAAUGUUUUCUUCUGGUGCUGCUACAAAUCCAAAUCGUGUGCCUGAUCCACGCGAAGAAAUUUUAUUGGAAACCAAUUUCGAAGAUGAUGGUGUUUUAACGCGUGCCUACAAUGCUAGACCUAACAAUGGAAAUGGCAAUAAUCGACGCAGGACAUAUCGUUCCGAUUUGUCCAUCGAUCGCUAUACCGAACGUGGUGGUGGUAGAGGUGAUUGCUGUCAAUCAUGCAUGGCAAGAGUCCCAUAUGCCACCCUGAUAGCCACACUUAUGUGCCUAUUGGGCGUUGGCAUAUUUUGCGGCACCAUGUAUAGGGGAGCUUCAUUGACUGUAAUUAUGGUGGAUCAAGUAUUUCAUCUAAGACUGAUAUGGAUUGAAACAAUUCGAAUGAUUUUUAUAAUUAUUGGCGGUACAAUGGCAACUUUAGGAUUUAUGAUAUUAUUUGUGGGAUUCCUAGCAACAGGAGCAACACGUUAUAAAGUAUAUCGAGCAUGGGGUACGCGUGUUGGUGGUCGGAUAUCAUGUGCAGUGCUGAUGGGUCUAACAUAUUUGCUCAAUUUUGUUUGGAUUUUGAUAUUAUGUUUUUUGGUUGUUGUUACCUUUAUUUACACCAUGUUUUGGAAUAUGUGUUCAAGCGUUGAACAGUCACUUAGCUGCAUAGAUUUGACUCAAUUCCACUUCAUGUUCCCAUCGACUACCAAACAAGAAGACAUGAAAAUAUGUGAAACCUAUGAAAUCAAAGCAUUUUGUAAGGAUGGCGUUGAAAAUGCCGAAGUCAUGUUUAUAUUGGCCACCCUGGCCACGUUAUUGGUUAUUCUAAGUUUGGUCCAUUACUUGAUGUGCUUGUCAGCCAAUUAUGCUCACAUUCGUGAUCAUGAAAAAUUCCAAGAAUUACAAGAAAUUCAAAACUUAAAUGAACUAGAAUACAGUGCAACAUCUAAGGAUCGAUUCUAGGAGAAAUUG